GCGCAGCGCGGCCGCCAUGCCGGACUACCUGGGCGCMGACCAGAGGAAGACCAAGGAGGAGGAGAAGGAGGACAAGCCCAUCCGCGCGUUGGAUGAAGGGGACAUUGCCUUGCUGAAAACCUACGGCCAGAGCACAUACUCAAGGCAGAUCAAGCAAGUAGAAGAUGACAUUCAGCAACUUCUUAAGAAAAUCAAUGAGCUUACAGGGAUCAAGGAGUCGGACACCGGCCUGGCUCCUCCAGCCCUCUGGGAUCUUGCUGCAGACAAGCAAACUCUGCAAAGUGAGCAGCCUUURCAGGUUGCAAGGUGUACAAAGAUAAUCAAUGCAGACUCCGAGGAUCCCAAGUACAUUAUCAAUGUCAAGCAGUUUGCUAAGUUUGUGGUGGAUCUCAGUGACCAGGUGGCACCUACUGACAUAGAAGAAGGCAUGAGAGUUGGGGUGGACAGAAACAAGUAUCAGAUCCACAUUCCCUUGCCUCCAAAGAUUGAUCCCACAGUCACCAUGAUGCAAGUAGAAGAGAAACCUGAUGUCACUUACAGUGAUGUGGGUGGUUGUAAAGAGCAGAUUGAAAAGCUGAGAGAAGUGGUUGAAACCCCCCUGCUUCAUCCUGAAAGAUUUGUUAACCUGGGAAUCGAGCCUCCCAAGGGAGUCCUGUUGUUCGGGCCACCUGGAACAGGCAAAACGCUCUGUGCUCGGGCUGUUGCCAACAGGACUGACGCCUGUUUCAUCAGAGUCAUUGGGUCUGAACUGGUGCAGAAAUACGUGGGGGAGGGAGCCCGAAUGGUUCGUGAACUCUUUGAAAUGGCUAGGACUAAAAAAGCCUGUCUCAUUUUCUUCGAUGAAAUUGAUGCCAUUGGAGGCGCCCGCUUCGAUGACGGCGCYGGCGGCGACAACGAGGUGCAGAGGACCAUGCUGGAGCUCAUCAACCAGCUCGACGGCUUCGAUCCCCGGGGCAACAUCAAGGUGCUGAUGGCCACCAACAGGCCCGACACCCUGGACCCAGCGCUCAUGAGGCCUGGCAGGCUCGACAGGAAGAUAGAGUUCAGCCUGCCGGACCCCGAGGGCAGAACUCACAUCUUCAAGAUCCACGCGCGUUCCAUGAGCGUUGAGAGAGACAUCAGGUUUGAGCUGCUGGCUCGGCUGUGUCCUAACAGCACAGGAGCCGAGAUCCGCAGCGUGUGCACCGAGGCCGGCAUGUUCGCCAUCCGCGCGCGCCGCAAGAUCGCCACCGAGAAGGACUUCCUGGAGGCCGUCAACAAAGUCAUUAAAUCGUACGCGAAAUUCAGCGCUACCCCCCGCUACAUGACCUACAACUAACGCUGUGGAAUGUUUCUCCCGUUCCUGUUGUUAAACUUCCUCUUAGGCAAAAGUCCACAUGUAGUAAUGUGUUCCUUGUUCACGGAAGCUGGAAAUAAAUGGGGUGUUCCAAAGAA